AUGCCUCGCAACAAACAAGAUGACUCAAUUGAGCUUGAAAUGCUCAUGGGUAAUGAGGACUCCAGCAGUCUUACAGUCACCGGGUCAAAUCAAGCUCCAGAAUAUGGCGGUGAGACAAUCAAUAUUUACCCCUUGGAUUAUCAAAAGGUUCAUAUUGUGAGAUGGCAGAUGGCAGCAAAUUUGGUACUGUUCCUUGUCCUGGGCCUCAACGAUGAAUGCAACGGUGCUCUUUUGCCAGCUUUGACGCAGUACUACAACGUUUCGAAAGUUGAGGUUGCAAAUCUGUUUGUAGUGCAAUUUUUAGGCUAUUGCACGGCUUCUUUGCUAACCCAAAAAAUUCACACCAGAGUUGGAGCCAGAGGAGCGAUGUUGACCGCAGCUGGAUUGUGCGUUUUGUUUUACAGUGUUCUACUAUCAAGGCCACGCUGGUUUGUGGUCUAUGUUGCAUGUUUUAUGCCCCUAGGACUAGCUAUAGGAAUCAUGGACUCGGUCUCCAACGUGUUAUUCGGAAACCUCGAGAACCAUAAAAACGAAUGGAUGGGAGUCCUUCAUGGUCUGUAUGGAGCAGCAGCCAUGGUAACUGCACCUGUGGUAUCCUACUUCGUCAAAUAUAGUCAGUGGAACUACUUCUUCAUGUUGCCCUUGUCGGUUUCUUUAGUGGGGCUCACGCUGGUGCCCUACGCGUUCAAAGACGAGACCGCCAACAAAUACAACUACUUAUGUGAGAUAAGUCGAGAGCAAGGCGAUGACGUUCAUCCCAGCUUCUGGUCAUUGGUCCGCAGACCAGCAAUUUUCAUGUAUGCAAUCUACAUGUUCAUUUACCUUGGAUCAGAGGUGUCAACUGGAGCAUGGAUCUUCACGUACCUUUUGGAAGUGAAAAAAGGACAGGUAAUACCGAUGUCCUACGUUACUGCUGCCUUUUGGAUGGGUCUGACGACAGGCAGACUAGUUUUAGGUUUUGUCACAAAGCGGUGGUUCAAAAACGAAUACAGAGCUUCCGCUUUCUACACAAAGCUUUGCGUUGUAUUCUACACAUGUUUCCUAGCCGUCACCUACUUUUCGGGAUCUUCUGCGCUCUAUUUUGUAGCAGUGUCAGUAAUGAUUUUUCUUGGCGGAGUAUUCAUCGGGCCGCUUUUCCCUAAUGCCAGCGUUGUCGCUCUACAGGUCUUGCCUAAAAACAUGCACGUAAGUGGUGUUGGUAUUGCUGUGGCAUUGGGAGGUUGUGGUUCUGCAAUUUUGCCCUAUUCUGUGGGUCUGAUUACACAUUUGGUCGGAUUUGAAUGGUUUCCGUUUUUGUGCUGGAUAAUGGUUGCUACGGUGGCCUUUGUUUGGUACUUGUACCCCAAAGUCAUAAAGGGACAUGAAGAAUACUUAUAG